CAUGCGACUGCGCUGAGCAGCCGAAACUUCCAUUCACCUCACAACCCCAUUAUUGUGGACGUGCUUACAGCACCAACUAUUUAUAACCUCUGAAAAGUUAAUUUUUGUUUUCUGCUUAAAAAUGGAGAAAGAAGAAAUACGCAAGUACUUUAACGAAAUUAUUGGAAAUGAGAAAGACGUAUCAGCUGGUAUGGCUGCAAUCUGUACCUUAUUAAAAGUUUUGGAGAGAUCAAAAUCGGAAACAGUGCAAGAAUUACGAUAUUGUCUUCAAGAUGCAGUGGAUGAAAUGCGAUCAACUGAUCAUCCAGUGACAGCUAUUGCAUCAGGCUGUGAACUGUUUCUAAGGUUUAUUACCUUAGCAUCACUUGAUACUCCUUCGUUUGAUGAGUGUAAAAAAAUUAUGUUACACAGAGGAAAAAUUUUUUAUGAAAAAUUGAUAGCCGCAAGAGGAAAGAUAGCCAAAUUGGCAUCUAAUUUUAUAACAGAUGGAUCAAGAAUAUUAACACAUUCCCGAUCAAGGGUUGUUUUACAAACUAUGAAAGAAGCAGUGGCUAAUAAUAAGCUAUUCGAAGUAUAUGUCACUGAUUCAUCUCCAGAUAGUAGUGGGAAAGAGAUGUGUAAAAACUUAGGAGAUCUUGGUGUUUCUUGUACACUAAUAUUAGAUUCAUCAGUGGGUUAUAUAAUGGAGCAAGUUGAUAUGGUAAUGGUUGGAGCUGAAGGAGUUGCAGAAAGUGGAGGAAUCAUCAACAAAGUUGGGACUUACACAAUGGCUAUAUGUGCAAAAGAAAUGAAAAAACCACUUUAUGUUCUUACAGAAAGUUUCAAAUUCUCAAGAAUAUAUCCUUUAAAUCAAGUUGAUCUUCCUGACGAAUUUAAAUACACAUCUAGCACCUUAAGGAAAGAUCUCAAAAAGGAACAUCCAUUAGUUGAUUAUACACCUCCACAAUAUAUCAGUCUGCUUUUUACAGAUCUUGGAAUAUUAACACCAUCAGCAGUUAGUGAUGAACUAAUCAAGCUUUAUCUUUAAUAAAUGUGUAAAUUUAGCUGGAAUGACCAAAAUUCCUCCAUCUUACACCUUUUAAAACUGUAUGUGGAUGAAGUCAGGAGAUAAAAAGGAUUUUAAAUGACAAUGCUUUAAUAAACUGAUGUACAUAUAUGUAUAUAUUUAUACAAAGCAUCUUCAAACAAAUCAAUGCAAGAUUUGUACACGUUUUAUUUUUUAUCGAAAGCAAUGCAGCAGUCAUGAGUAUUAAAAUAUUAAAGUAGCUUUAUAUUCAAAAUUCAUCUUUAUAGAUAAAAAGUUUACUGAAUGAGUUUAGUAUAUGAUCAAUGAUGAUUUAUAAAUAUAAAUUUAAAAUAAAGGCAGUGCUCGUCUCCUAAUUUUUCUGGAAUUUUUUUCAAUAUAGAGAAGAGAAUUUCUCUUAAAGGAAAAACAAUAAAAUUUAAAAUAUAUACGAUUUGUACAAAUAUGCUUUUUGCACGGCACUUAACUUAUAUAAAUAAGAAUGACAAAAAAAAUAAUACAAACGACUUGAUAGAAUAUUCUAAGUAGUUAAAAACAGAUGUAAUGGUUCUUACAAUUAUUACAAUACUUCACUUGACGAGCACAUCGAUCUGUGAAUAACAACAUUCGAGAUUUGUAUCUCUUAACAGUUUCCUUUUUCAUUUAUUGCACGAUUAGUAUUCAAAAUACUGUCACGUUAAGCAUAAAAACUGUAUUUCGUGCGAUUAGACAAUUUCAAAAGGGUCAUUAAAUGCGCAACUAAGUUGCUAA